AUGACGAAGCCAGUCGUCGUACCGGCCCACGGCGAUGGUGCGCCCGUGUCUGGCCCCAGUGAGGCCGCGGUGACGGUCAUUGACGUAGAAGCGGAGGAGGAGAAGGAAGAGGAGGCGCAGACGGCGAGAGGGGAGGAGGGUCCAAACAAAGCCGCUGAGACGGUGCGUCGGCGCGACCCCAACAAGAUAGAUCCCCCAUUAGGGCAGCAGCAGGAACCUCUUCCACGCGGGGAGAGGUUGGCGAAACGGAUGCUGACGUUACAACGAUGGGAACUGCCCGCGUUGGUUCCCUCGCCGACAAGGAGAAGUAAGCAUGAAAGAAGAAUUUCUGGCGGUAACAGCCGAAGUCCAGUGGGAGUGGCCCACAACGCGCGACAGAAUGAGCUACUGUUGUCGCCCCCUAGGCCUUACUUGGAAAGGCCCGAGCAGCAGCUUGAACUUUACCAUUCGUUGCAGAAGCGCAAGUUUGUGACGCUGCAUGAGGAACUGCAUCACCUCCGCAUGAGCCACGUCCACGCACAAAAAACCCUUCGACUCCGAGGUGAGGAAGUCAAACGUUUGCGUAGAGAAUUGGAGGAAAAAACGAGGGAGAUUGAGCGGCUGAAGUCACUCAUUGCUGUGCUUCGGAAGGCGCACCAUCAGGCAAAUGGAUCGGUUGCCGAGACGGACGCCGUUGAGAGUGCCGGCCCCGCAACGGUGUCACCCUCGUUGGCGCUUUUUGCGGCCACAGCCGCGGAUGGUGUUGGUGGUGGACGCGGAGCGGAAGCAAGGCUGUUGCUACAGCUUCGUCAGAACAUCGCGUCCCGUGACACGAUUAUCAGCGAUCUUCGCAUGGAGCUGAGUGCACUCCGUCAAGCGAAGAAGGAGGCUGAUGAGAAAGUAAAUAAACUAACGGCAGAAGUGGCUGAGAUGCAUGCGCGCUGUGAGAAGUUAUCUGCCGAAUUGGGUGUUAAGGACAAAACUAUUGAGGAACUUGAGAAGCGCUGUGCUGGCGCCCAAAUGUCAGAGGUGAACGGCGGUAUUGGAAAAAGUGGUAAUGAUAAUAGCGAUGUCACGAGCAGUUCCGACGUUCUAGCGCUCCGGCAGAAGCUUGAAGAGUACCGCCUACAUCACCGAGCGGCAGAUGAUGUGAUUGAAGGAAUUCAGCAGCAGCUUCAACGAAUAGAGGCGAUGGGUUUGUGUGUGCCACAUUGUAACAGCACAGGGAAACGUCCGUCGCAGCAGGAGGAAGGCUUACGCGGCGAGCUGAUGCACCUCCGACAGUGUCUGGAUAGAGAAGAGGAGACCCGAGCUGAGUCGGAGCGUUUGUGGCGCCGAAGUCAUGAGGCCGAUCUUCGCAUGCUGGAGACCGAGUUGUGCAGCACAAAGGCAGAAGCAGAGGCAUACAAGCGGGAGGUGGCACGGAUGCAGAAGCAAAUCGCGACUGCGGGAUUUAUGGAGGCGCAACUGCAGGCUGCUCGCAACGAGAAUGACGCCCUGCAGCAACGUGUGUGUGAGCUGCGAGAGGAGAAUAUUGCCCAGUCCUCACGUGAAAAGGAGCUUUUGCAUGAGCUGCGCUCCACGAAGGAAGCGCACGACCGCCGUGAGGAGGAGGUGUCAUCGCUUCAGCGUCGACUGAGGAAUUCAAAGGAAAACGAAGAUAGGCUGCGAGAGGACGUUGAAAUGUUGGAAGGGAGACUACGUGCGGUGGAGCGUGGGCUCUCCGAUGCGCCUCCGCCGUAUGAACUUAUCAGUUAUGCGGCGCUCAUGAAACUGAACGCGGAUCUUCAGGAACGGCUGAAGACGUUGGAAACGGAACCGCAAAAGGCGAAGAAGACACCGCCAUUAGUCAACGCAACCGAUGAUGUGACUUUGUUGGAAGCAGGCGGUGACAUUGCGAUGGAGCCUGUCGCACGAGCCACCGUGGAGGAGGAGGGACCGAAUGCACGGAUGGAACAAGGUGGAGCAUGUCUCCACGGUGUGCCAGCACAGUCUGCCACAUCAAUUGCACCGAGUGAGCCGUUGCAGGUGAAGCUUAAAGAUGUUCACGACGCCUACAGGACGCCUUCACACCGCUUGGAUGAAGUCUCCCUAGAACUGGUGAGCCCCGAGCAAUGCGGGGCCGUCAGUGCAGAGAGCACGAAGAGGGUCAACAAGGAAGCAGGGAAAGCCCACUGUAAGUCUGCCAUUCGCAGCCGUUUGCAGGAUGUACAAUGGCAUGCCAUAAUGACAGCGGAUGGUUCAGAUGCCACUGAUAAGCUGCGGGCAGAAGUCUCUCGCCUGCGUAAGUGUCUUAAAACGUGCGAAGAAGAGUUGGAGCAAACGCGGAUGGAGCUUGAGGCUACAAAGUUGGAGCUUGACAACGCGCGGCGGCAGCAGGUGGCAUACAAUGGACCUACACAGGGUGUUGGUGAGCGCAAAGUCUCUUCGUUGCGUGCGGCUCGCAUGGAGCUGGAACAUUGGCGGCAGCUGGCGGUCGAGCAUGAGUCGGCCUUGGUGGAGCUGAAGAAAAGAUAUGAGGGACUGAAGAUUGCCAUCGCAUCCUUGCAGGAAUCAACACAAGUGUCCCCUAACACAUCUGCUCCUGUAUCGGCAUUCGUGCUCCCUGACUGGGUGGCCUGCAACGAUGAACACAUCAUAGAGGAAGCGCUACGCGAUGAAACGGCGCGUAUAGAUGAGGACAUGAACAAACUGCGUCGUGAACUGCACACAAUGAGAAAGGAUCGGGACCAUUGGAUGGCAGUGGCAACGGGUCUAUCAAAGCCAGCCUAG